CCGGAAAUUUGUUCCCAUAAUGUAAUGGUCAUGGAGAAAGCCCACACGAUUUCCCAUCAGAGAACAGCCCUCUGUCACAUGGUCCACUGUAUUUAAAAAAAAAAGAAAAGGGGGAAAAAAAAAAAAUCCAUGAUAUAGAGGACGGGACAAACAAAAGUGGACGCAGCGGAAGAUGACGCCGAGCUUCGCCUAAAGCCUCACGCGCUGGACCUGGCGCGAGCAUCUCUCUCCUUCUGACUGCUGCCGGCGUUUGUGUCGUUCAGGAGGCGCCGCGGACUCCGCCAUAUUCAGCCCACCACGCCCGGAGAGAGGCACGCGCUGCUUCUGAAGUUGUUGCACAAACUUAAUUUCCUCUUCACGGGAGAGAGGAACGAGGAAGGUGGCGUGUUGUCCAGGAGCCAUGACUCUGAGCUCCGUGGGGGCUUGCUGCCUCAGCCCAGAGGCCAAAGAGGCUCGCAGGAUCAACGAUGAGAUCGAGAGGCAGCUCCGCCGGGACAAGAAGGACUCUCGUCGGGAAUUCAAGCUCCUCUUGCUCGGAACUGGGGAGAGUGGGAAGAGCACUUUCAUCAAGCAGAUGAGGAUCAUCCAUGGUCGUGGAUACUCUGACGAGGACAAGAGAGGCUUCACGAGGCUGGUCUACCAGAACAUCUUCACAGCCAUGCAGGCCAUGAUCCAGGCCAUGAACGCAUUAAAGAUCCCCUACAAGUAUGAACUCAACAAGGAAAAUGGCAUCAUUGUCCGAGGGGUUGACGUGGAGCGGGUCACAACGUUAACAAACCCUUACGUGGAUGCCAUCAAGUGCCUGUGGAGUGACCCUGGGAUUCAGGAAUGUUACCAUCGCAAGAGGGAAUACCAGCUCUCAGACUCUGCCAAAUACUAUCUGAAUGACUUGGAGCGAAUUGCUGAUACUGCUUACCUGCCAACCCAGCAGGAUGUCCUGAGGGUCAGGGUGCCCACAACAGGUAUUAUAGAGUACCCCUUUGACCUUGAGGACGUGGUCUUCAGGAUGGUGGAUGUGGGCGGCCAGCGGUCAGAAAGGAGGAAAUGGAUCCACUGUUUUGAGGAAGUCACUUCCAUCAUGUUCCUGGUGGCGCUCAGCGAGUACGAUCAGGUCCUCGUUGAGUCCGUCAAUGAGAAUCGCAUGGAGGAAAGCAUGGCCUUGUUUCGUACAAUCAUAAACUACAAGUGGUUCGAGUCAUCCUCGGUCAUGUUGUUCCUCAACAAGAUAGAUUUACUGGAGGAGAAAAUCAUGCACUCGCAUCUGGUCGACUACUUCCCUGAAUAUGAUGGUCCCCAGCAGGACGUCAAGGCAGUGAAAGGAUUCAUCCUGGAUAUGUUUGUCAGUCUCAAUCCAAACGUGAAAAAAAUGAUUUACUCCCACUUCACCUGCGCCACAGACACAGACAACAUUCGAUUCGUCUUCCGAGCAGUGAAGGACCACAUCUUGCUCAUCAACCUGGAAGUCUACAACUUGGUUUAAAGCGCCGGUUUUGCUGCUUUUAAUUCAAUCGGCUUUGUACAGCCGGUAGUCCGGAGAGCAAUGCGGUGAUUCAGUUUGCCUCACGCUGCAGCUGAACACUAUAAUCCACAACAGGAAAUUGAGAUGCUACAGAGCUGGUCGCCAAAUGACUGUACUACUGAUAUAUUUCAAAUGUUCCUGUGAGGCUCUUUGAAAGUGGACGUCUCCAGCUAUAAUGAAGUGUGUCCUGACAAUUAAAGUGCUGCGUUAGUGAGGAGUCUAUUACAAGCAUGCACUCUGAAAUGUAUAGAGCUCUUAACAUUUUCUUUUUUUUUUGGAGCAGUAACAGUAUAAAUGCACAUGGAUGAAGGGAAACAAGUAUUUUAGUGGCCUCAAAAGCCUCCAAGGGCUCGUAGUGUACUAGUUCUCUCCUUCAGGGAAUCUGUGGAAGUGAAUGUAGAUGAUCUGCAAUGCAGCACCUCACAUCACUAACCCCGAGUUGUUGUUUUUUAUUUUACUUUUUUUAAUGUCAAAAACUGAGUAAUAAUCAACACUAAACACACAUUCACUUUAUUACAUAGCUAUUUGUGCCGAUAUUGUUUGUGUGUUUUUAAUUGGGUAUUAUCAUUUCCACAACCUCAUUUUAAGAUGUACAAUACUUUGUACACGAAUGCAUUUGUCUGUGAUGGCGUUGUGCAGUCCUAAACCACUUUUUGUGAGCACAGCAUUAAUAAAUAUAUAUAUAUAUAUAUAUAUACUCUUUAAGUAUUUGAACCCAUACAAGUCUUAAUUUUUUUCAAAGCUGUAGAAUCAAAUGUUCACGCAGUUCAGGGACUAGUUGAGUAGUUUUGCUUAAAAAACAUUUAGCUAUAAUGUCUGCAGAGCUUUCGCCAUUAUUUAUCUGAAUGCAUGUUGUAAAUAUCACACGGUACAGUACUUUGCUCGCAUUAAGGUCAGUGGGGAGAGGCUAACCGCUCAAGAGAGAACUGUUAUGUUAAAUAACUGCUGAGGCAUUAAACUAGUUAUUUCUUGAUCUUUUUUUUUCCUAUGCUGUUCAAGGGUCUCAAAUGCAUGACUAAAAAGCUAAUGAGAGCACAUCCACGGCACGAAUGUUUACACAACCCUUUUCUCCUCGAAAGAAAUAAUUACAGCCUAAUUUAAACAGUUUAAUUUAUGGUUAGAUUUCACUGUCACUGCGAUAUCUUAACGCAGUCUUAGUGUCGUUAAUGUGAUUGGAUAAAUAAACAGACAUUUGCAGCUCA